AUGACCACACACUCUUUCAAGCUCCUCGAUCCGUCAUUUUCUCUGAACAAGAUGAUCCUCUCCGAUGUUGCUGUGCUGCAACUCGUCUCCGACAAUUCUUCGAACAUGUCCAAUAUAUCGUCGUCAGCCAAUGCCACCCGUACGAAUUUAAUGACCAGUUAUCAAUAUGCUGCUUUUGGUAUUAAUGGUCCUUUCGUCAUUGUCUUUUUGGUGUUGAGUAUUGUCAUUGCUUCCAUCAUGAUGAAAUUGUGUCAUGACCAUAGAGGUCGUCGUGACAGUACAAACAAAAGGAAUCAUCGAAGAGAUGCUAGAAAAAAUCAAAGAAUUUUGUUUUCAUUGUUGUUGACUCUUUCAUUAUGUUCAUUGUUUAAUAUGAUUACGAGAAUUGGAGCUGAAAUGGCCUAUAUUAGUACUCAACCUAAAACUGUAUUGAUUGUGUUUUCAAUUUUGAAAGGAUUUGACAGAAGUGUGAUCUGCUUGACGACCUUGUUUGAAUUUAUGUUGAUUACAUUUGUUUCACAUUUAUUUUUGGUGACCACUCGAAAAGUUGGAGCCAUUUCAGAGAAGAAGUUUAAACUAUUGAGAUUUCUAGUACUGCAUUUCUUUACCAUUACACUGGUUGUCGUUGUUGGUUCCGUUGCUGUUUUAGCGUUAGUAGUUGGAGGAAUAUUGGCUGCCGAUUUGGGAACAAUAAUUGCAAAUUAUUUUGUCAUGACAAUCCUUAUUGUAGCAGCUCUUGCAUUUACCUUGCUAACUUUCCUUCAACUUGCGUUUAUGCAUUAUGUUGGAUAUCUAUUACUUCGAUCGAUUCAACAAGGAGAAAAGAAAAUAUUAGCAAGCUCCAUUGUAGCACUUCCCAAAUCACAAUCAGACUCUCAAUCUGAACCACCAUCUAAAAAUAUACCCUAUUCCAAAUUCGAAACAGUCAAUACCAAACGUGUGGCUUUAAAGAAAGCAAUCACGAUCUUGAUCGGGGUCACCAUUAGUAUAUUUCUUCAAUGUGUAGGAUUCUUUUGUAUUCCAUUUACUAUUUUGAAUAGUAACUCGAUGUUGAUCUUUUUUGGAUUGCAUGACUCAACCUUGGCUGCUAUUUUGAUUUUGUUUAUAAUUAUUUACAGACCUCUCAAUGAGAUUCAAGUGACUCAUUCCAUGUCGUUCGAGUCUAAUCAACCACAACAACUAGAAACGAUAAGUAGGAGUGCCGGUGAGGAAAAGAGCACACAAGACGAGAACAUGUUACAGUUGCAUGACAAAAUCACUACAACUGUCUGA